CGUGAGAUGUUGCCUCCCAGGCUCCCACUUUAAGCCACUUAAUAGGCUUAGCUUUUAACACAGAUUGAGAGAGUGUGAAAGAAGCAUAACAGACUCGCACUGUUAGAAAAGGAGUGUACAGUGAGCGAAGCAAAAUUUUCCUCCAUUAAUGCUUCUCAGCAAUAAAGCGUGAUAUUUCCUUUUUCACGGAUUCCCUCUCAGAAUCUGCGACAAUCGACGACAGCUUCUUCAACACUUCUCCGUCAACACCCAGUCUAGAGAUCUUCUUACUUGCUCUUCUCUGCAUUGUGUAUAGUAUAGACGGAGAGCAGCAGCAGAAGAAGGUAAUUAUGGAGUUUAGUAAAAUGACGUUGGAGAUAUUCUCCCAGCUUGAGCACAAGUGGCUCUCACAUUGCGAAUACAAGAAGACCAGAAUUCUGAGCAUCGAUGGUGGAGGAACCAAAGGCCUCGUCGCUGGCGCAGCCUUAAUCCAUCUUGAAGAGCAGAUCCGGGCCAGGACGGGCGAUUCUCAAGCUUGUAUUAUCGAUUUCUUUGACGUCCUUGCCGGCACUGGAAUAGGCGCCAUUUUCGCUACCAUGCUGACUGCAGACGACGGCACUGGUCGUCCGCUCUUCUCCGCCAAGGAUGCCGUUAAAUUUGUACUAGAGAAACACUCUGAGAUGUUCAAGAUCAAGAAUGUAGGGAUUCUCCGUCGGCGACAGAGGUUUUCCGAUAAGAGCAUCGAUAAUGUGUUAAAAGAGGCGUUACGCAGGAAUGAUGGUAAAGUUUUGACAUUGAAGGACACGUGCAAGCCUCUUCUUGUUCCUUGCUACGACCUCAACAGCUCUGCACCCUUUGUUUUCUCCAGAGCCGACGCUUCGGAGUCUCCGAGCUUUAAUUUCGAACUCUGGAAGGUCUGCCGUGCCACAUCCGCCACUCCAACCCUCUUCAAACCGUUUGAAUUGACCUCCAUUGACGGAAAAACGACUUGUCUGGCCAUUGACGGAGGUCUUGUCAUGAACAACCCCACCGCUGCUGCCGUCACUCACGUCUUGCAUAACAAACGGGAUUUCCCGUCUGUUAAUGGCGUCGAAGACUUGCUUGUUCUGUCAUUAGGCAACGGGCCCUUGAGAAGCCCCUCUCACCGGCAACUGCAACGGAGCGGGGAAUGCUCCACUCCGUCGGUCGUUGACAUUGCUCUCGACGGCGUCUCAGAAACCGUCGAUCAGAUGCUCGGGAACGCAUUCUGCUGGAACCGUACGGACUACGUGAGAAUCCAAGCUAACGGUUUCACAACGGAAACGGAAGAGGAUGUGUUGAGGGAGAGAGGAGUGGAGUCGCUACCGUUUGGAGGGAAACGGUUGCUGACGGAGACCAACGGACAGAGAAUCGAGAGCUUCGUGCAACGGCUUGUUGCUACGGGGAAGAGCAGCCUACCACCAAGCCCUUGCAAGGAAACCGCCGUUACUCUCCUGGCUAACGGCCGUUAACUUGCCGUUUUAGUUAACAACUCCAACCCCACUUUGUUAUUAAGUUAUAACCCCUGGUUUACUCAACUGUCUCUAUGUCCAAGUUGAAUAUAUCUUGAAAAUAAUUAUAAUUUAAUUUAAUUUUAACUCAA